AGAGAGAGAGAGAGAGAGAGAGAUUAAUCUUACACGAGUGUUUUUAAUCUUCUGAGCGGAUAAACUCGGACAGUAAACCCCGCGGUUUGGACGGAGCGGCCAUUUUGAUGGAGCGUUUUUGGAGAAAGUGGAGCUGGAGGAGGAAGACUGCAGUCUAAGGGAGAGAAACACACACACACACACACAGUGAGAGGAGAAGUUGUCUCUGGCCUCGGCUUUUCACUUCCCAGCUGCUUCACUUUUCCACCUUCGGUGUUUAUCGUUUGUUUUCCUGCUUUACUACAUUUUGGACUUAAAAACAGCCAUGAAGGACCGACUGGAGCAGCUGAAGGCGACCCGUGACCAUGACGAUGAGGACGUCGAGAUCGCCGUGGACAACGCAGCGUUCAUGGACGAUUUCUUUUCCGAGAUUGACCAAAUAAGAAACAGCAUCGAUAAGAUCGAUGAAAACGUAGCUGAAGUGAAGAAACUUUAUUCUGUUAUUCUGUCGGCACCAACGUCUGACCAGAAAACACAAGAUGACCUGGAGUCUCUUACCAACGACAUUAAGAAAAAGGCCAACAAUGCACGCAACAAGCUGAAGAGCAUUGAGAAAGAUCUCGAGACGGGUGAAGGAGAGAGAGUGUCAGCCGACAUGAGGAUACGCAAAUCACAGCAUGCAGUUCUGUCCAGGAGGUUCGUGGAUGUGAUGACGAAAUACAACGAAGCUCAAGUGGACUUCAGAGAUAAGAGCAAAGGGCGAAUCCAGAGACAGUUAGAGAUCACUGGUAGAGUCACUACUGAUGAGGAGCUGGAGGAAAUGUUGGAGGGGGGCAAUGCAGCGGUCUUCACCGCCGGGAUCGUAGAUUCGGGAAUCUCCAAGCAGGCGCUGAGCGAGAUCGAGUCACGUCACAAAGACAUCGUCCGACUGGAGAGCAGCAUAAAGGAACUCCAUGACAUGUUUGUGGACAUCGCCAUGCUCGUCGAGAACCAGGGUGACACCAUCAAUAACAUAGAGGCGAAUGUUUCUAAAGCAGUGGAUCAUGUUGCAGUUGCUAAGAUUGAAACAAAGAAAGCAGUCAGGUAUCAGAGCAAAGCGCGGAAGGGCGGAAUGAUUGACAGGAUCGAGAGCAACAUGGACCAAUCGGUUGGCUUUGUCGAGCGGGCGGUAGCCGACACUAAAAAAGCCGCCAAAUAUCAGCAGGAGGCGCAGCGCAAAAUGAUCAUCUUGGGUGUGAUCGGCAUUGUGGUUUUGAUCAUCAUCGUUAUCAUCAUACUCACACAAACACUCUGAAACCACACCCAUUUUUGUGACUCCUCCCAUUCUAGUUAUUUUAUCCAUCUGCCACAUUGCCGGUCCCUCUUUUACCCACCUCCUGUGGCUGCCGGAGAAACGACACAGACUUCAAAUACCCUUCUUCCCUGCCCUCCUGCUCUUCUCUGAACAACGGACAGUGACUCCUGCAUUCAACUCCUGUAAUGCAAAUCUAUUUUGUGUAAAAUGGACAGGACUAUUUUGUUGACGUAUGAACCGUACCGAGAAAUAGACCCCCAUUUAUCUUGCCUUAAUAUUUUUUUAAUAGGGGCCGCUUGCACCAAAGACUCGACUAAUCAUCUGUGGAGGCUAAAGCGGUCUUACUGUAUUUUGUAAUUUAUAAUAGUUAUUAACAUUAUUAUUAUUUAACUUCUUCCAUUAACACCUUUUAAACCCUUGUUCAUCCUGUCAUAUUUCACAUGUGCCAUCUUGUAUACCUCUGUCUGAAAAAUGUCGUCCUGAUCCUGUCAUGCCGAACGGAAAUGCCCAGUCGGCAGAUCAUUGAUAAUUUACCUGGAUUUGUUUCAUAAAACACUCGUUUUUUUUUUGUUUUUUGUUUUUUUACCAACCUCCAUAUACUAUAUGGUGAGGUGUGAUAAUUUGCACUAUCAUGCACUGGAAUAUGGUUAAUGAUAAUAAUAAUAAUAAUAAUAACAAUAACAAUAAGGGAACGUAUUAUUUAAUGGGAUUGUUGGAUGUUCAUUCUUCAACAGACCCACAGAUAGGAAGGAUAAAGUGCAAUGAAGUUUAAGUGUUUUUAAAUCUUCACACUGUCCUGUAAUAAAAAACACCACCACCACAUUUAUACUGUCACUUAAGGAAUAAAUGAUUUUAUAUUUUUAA